GCGGAUCGGCUACAAGUUCUCGGUGUGCUCGGGCCGCUGCCCACUCCCACUGUGUCCCCUCAUCUAUAGCAGUGCGCGCUGACCAUCCUUUAUGCUGGAUAUUCUACUCUAUUCUUCUUUCUUGGGUGAUAUGGGGGAUCAUUCAAAAAAGAAGACCGGGAUCGCCAUGUGUGUGGGCUGCGGAAGUCAGAUCCAUGACCAGUAUAUCCUGCGGGUCUCCCCGGACCUGGAGUGGCACGCGGCGUGUCUGAAGUGCGCAGAGUGCAGUCAGUACCUGGACGAGACAUGCACUUGCUUCGUCCGGGACGGCAAGACCUACUGCAAAAGAGACUACGUAAGGUUAUUCGGUAUUAAAUGUGCAAAGUGUAACGUGGGCUUCUGCAGCAGUGACCUGGUAAUGCGGGCUCGGGAGAAUGUUUACCACAUGGAGUGUUUCAGGUGCUCGGUGUGCAGCAGACACCUCCUGCCGGGGGAUGAGUUCUCUCUGCGGGAAGAGGAGCUGCUGUGUCGGGCUGAUCACGGGCUGCUGCUGGAGCGCGCCGCGUCGGGAAGCCCACCGAUCAGCCCGGGCAACACACACUCCACCAGAGCCCUGCACAUGGCCGAGCCGGUACCUGUGCGCCAGCCCCCACACCGCAACCAUGUCCACAAGCAGUCGGAGAAGACGACCCGGGUGCGCACUGUGCUCAACGAGAAGCAGCUGCACACACUGCGCACAUGCUACAACGCCAACCCGCGACCCGACGCGCUCAUGAAGGAGCAGCUGGUGGAGAUGACGGGCCUCAGUCCGCGGGUUAUCCGCGUCUGGUUCCAGAACAAACGCUGCAAGGACAAGAAGAGGUCCAUGCUCAUGAAGCAACUCCAGCAGCAGCAGCACAGCGACAAAACCAAUCUCCAAGGCCUAACAGGGACACCUCUAGUGGCAGGUAGUCCCAUCCGGCAUGAUAACACGGUGCAGGGGAAUCCAGUAGAAGUGCAGACAUACCAGCCUCCAUGGAAAGCGCUGAGCGAGUUCGCACUCCAGAGUGACCUGGAGCAGCCUGCCUUCCAACAGCUGGUGUCCUUCUCUGAGUCGGGCUCUCUGGGCACCUCCUCGGGCAGUGAUGUGACUUCGCUGUCAUCGCAGUUACCUGACACCCCCAACAGCAUGGUGUCCAGUCCUGUGGAGACGUGAUGGAGUCCAGUGACCUUCUGUCCAUCCCAGCAUGCUGAACCCCACCCUGAUCUGCAUGAACACAGAGCACCUCACCACCUCCACAUGAGGACCACGACGGAAUCACGGAAAACAACAUACAGCAACACAGUGGAUUAAACUCGGAAUCGCACAAGUCUGCCAAAAACAAAUAAACAAACAAACAAACAAACAAACAAACAAACAAACAAACAAACAAAACCCGGAGCCAGGCCCCAGGGACUCUCCACACGCGUUUACUACAGGCAGGAAUCCACACGGAUCCGAGACCUUCCCGAGGAAUAUGAACAAGUUGACCCACUGUCAACAUCAUAACAAAUAACAACAAUAAUGUCUUUCCCAGUAUUCAUUAUGUAGUUUUAUCACCACCUGAUGACAUUUCCCUAAUUGAGUGAGACAACAGAGCCACGUUUGUCUUAAUGCGCAUGAUCUCCGAAGACAAUGUAUUAAAGUGACAUGUAAACUAUUUUAUCUUUACGG